AAAACAAACAAGACUGCUUUCUCUCUCACACACACAAAUACAAAGACAACAAAACGCACACAUUUCGCCACAACGAGAUCUCUCUCACUCUCGCUAGAUUCGCCGACGUCGGUACCGGAGAUUCCUUCUACUCUUCACCGCCGGCGAACCUCCUCUUCCUCCCUACUUCACCGGAGCUUUUAAAUUUACAAAAAAAGUUCUAAAAAAAUGAGUACCGGAGACCUACUCAGCGUUGAGCCUCAGGAGCUUCAAUUUCAAUUUGAAUUGAGGAAGCAGAUCUCAUGCUCCAUGCAGUUGACGAACAAGACGAACGAUUAUGUGGCGUUUAAGGUGAAAACAACGAAUCCGAAGAAGUACUGUGUUCGACCUAACACCGGGGUCGUGUUGCCUCAUUCUACUUGUGAUGUCACAGUUACAAUGCAAGCUCAAAAGGAGGCACCUCUUGAUAUGCAAUGCAAGGACAAGUUUUUGCUUCAGAGUGCAGUUGCGAGUCCUGGAGCCACUACUAAAGAUAUUACUCCAGAAUUGUUCAACAAGGAAACUGGAAACAAAGUGGAGGAAUGCAAAUUAAAAGUUAAUUACGUUGCUCCCCCGCAACCGCCUUCACCAGUAAGAGAAGGAUCGGAGGAAGGUUCCUCUCCAAGGGCGUCAAUUUCAGAAAACGGGACUAUAAACACAACCGACUCUACUGCGGUUCCAAGAGCACAUGCUGAGUCUCACGAGAAAUCGUCAGAGGCUAGGGCUCUUAUUGCUAAGCUAACUGAGGAGAAGAAUUCUGCCGUUCAACAAUCUAACAAGCUUCACCAAGAACUGGAACUGUUGAGACGUCAAGGCAACAAUAGCCGUGGUGGUAUCCCGUUCGUAUACGUUGUUCUUAUCGGUUUGCUCGGGAUUCUCUUGGGCUAUUUGGUGAAAUAAAAAUCGAGUUUAAAUCCAUGGCAGAGACCCUGUUUUAGUAGUGUGAUAUGAGAAAACUGGUCAGAGUGAAAUGCUUUGCUUUUCUUUUCUUUUCUUCUUUUAAUUUUAUUUUAUAUGUUGUGUAAUUUUGGGUAAACACAAGAUCCAUUGUUUUGUCCACUGAUUUGUUGUUACCAUCGUAAUCUAAGGUCACACGUUGGGUUUCUUAUA